AGACUGCAUUCAAUAUGCGGCACUAAGGGGGCUUGGUUUGUACUAUGCGCUCUGAUGAUUAUCAUUAUCCUUCACUAGUGCUGUCGCUGGCAUCAUUUGCCUCUCUUUGACCUUUGACCCGUGAUACUGCCCAGAGCUCGUCCGAGAAUGGCUCUUCGCUCCUUACCAUAGCCACAACAUUGUUGCCCCCAGCUGAGCGGAGCAUCUUUCCUUCAUUCUUCUCUCCUCGCUCCUUCAUCAUUUCCCACAUCAAUGUAAUCUUUGUUUUUCUCGAACCCCCAUGAGCGAUCAUGUCCGACAUUUUUGAAGCGCCACCUCCCCGACGGUCGUUUACGCUUCCUACCAACCUGAACCCAUCCAUCCAACGCAAAUCCGACUCGUUCAAACCAUCCGAGAAUGAUAUCUUUUACCACCCAUCGGCAAAAGUCGUUCACUUUUCCCCUAGAUCUAUAGUGCCGAUUCCCUCCAGUACUGCGCCGUCCGACUUUGACUACCCUGUUGAUACCAUCGAGACCCUGCCGUGGCGAUCCCCAACAGAGCGAACGGUCGCGUUCGCGCCACUGAGGUUGGAGAAGGUAUAUGGAUCGACCGUGUUCCUGAAAUGUGGAAGCGUGGUCCACGCGAUCCUAAAGAACUCUCAGUGUUGGUGCGUGGACAGGGAAUCCACGUUUGUUUUGCGCAUCCGCCCCCUCACAUACUACCGGAUCGAGUUGCCGAACGAAACCGAGGAUGACAAAGAGCUUGUUACUGAAAUGAAAGAGGCUUUACCAAAGAUCCUCCGCUACGAAGUCACACCGUGCCCUUUUAAACGUGGGUUCACGGUUGAAAUUCCUGAGGAGGCGAAAGUUCCCCGACGCAAGAAAGCAUGGCGCCCCAAAGGACGAAGAGAAAGUGCUCCUAUACAGCCGACGUACUGUCAGGAGCCCCUUGAUUUAAAAGGAAUUGCCACGCCAGAUUCACUCAGUGCAGGCGAGGAUACAGACGAGACUGCCACCGACGGCAGUGGCUUCACCCCGAGAGGUAGUAAUACGAAACUGGAGACAAUUCCGGAUGAUCACGAGCAAUUGCCAGAGCCCAUCAAUAUACCCGAAUCGACUAUGCCAAGGCGAUCAGUGAGUGAGGUACAGCAAAGCUUCCAGACCUUGCUGGGGAGGUUUGAAGACACGCCUGAGUCUCAGGAUGAACCGGAGUUGCCACUUUCGUCAAGUGUUGACUCGUUCCACUCAAUGGAUAUUACGCCAGAACCCUAUUUGACACCCCCAUCUCCUACAUCACCAGACGAUAAACAUUUGGCGCAAGAUAAGCUCCAAGAAGUGCAGGAACCGUCGGAUAGAGAGGAGUUUGAAAGUCAAGAUACCCUGAAACCGCCGUUCAAUAGAGAGAAAAGCACAGACCAGAUGUUCACCCCUGUACAAAGCUUAAGCCCCGAACAGAACUUUAUAUUGCCCCGAACACCGGGAUCAUUCUCCAGCAUUAACAGCGCAAAGUCUAACGAUUCAAACCCGAACCUUACUACCAUGAGCACUGAAUUCCGCCGCCGCUCAAAAGCGUCACGAGAGAGGGAAAUAUCACCAAUGCCCCCGGCAGCUACGCUAAUCCUCGCCAACACAGAGAAACAUGAUGCUGCCUCGUUAAUUCAGAAGACAGCUACACUGGUUUUAGUACCACCUAUUCAACUGCUCAUAGUCUUGAUCCAUAUUGCGGCACGGAUUGUCAUAGGUCCGGGGGUUGACUCCCCUGUCGGAGACUUUCACCGCAAACUCGAGCGCCAGGCCUCUUAUUCCAAUGAGGCUGUGGAUGAUUACGAUCUUCCACUUGCACCGGAGUUCCCAAGAAAGCCGUCGGUUUCAGAUCAGAGUCACCUCGGUUCGGAUUCUGGUUAGAUCUUGAACUCCUUCCAGCAUUUGACUGUUUCCCUUCACCCCUUGACCGGCGCAAUUCUUCCCUCCUUGCUUCCCGCUUCCAUGAUAACGCCUCGUCAUGAUCAUCAUCUUUGGAUUUCUGCUUUUGUAUACCCUGCAUAGUGCGCUUCUCUUCUUGCCUGUAUUUCUAGACAAGUUCACCUGUAUUUUAGCAUACCUAACUAGUUCCGAUAUUAAUGACCAUAUGAUAUAACAUUUGCCAUCUUU